AGCGGGAGGCGCGGCGGCGGCCGGGCUGCAGCCAUGCUGGUUCUGGCACACGCAGCCCGAGCACUACAACCAGCACGGCUCCGGCGCUACCUGCGUGAUGUGCUCGCGCUGCCCAUCUUCAAGCAGGAGGAGCCCCAGCUGUCCCCCGAGAACGAGGCCCGCCUGCCACCCCUGCAGUACGUGCUGUGUGCUGCCACGUCCCCAGCUGUGAAGCUGCAUGAAGAGACACUGACCUACCUCAACCAAGGUCAGUCUUAUGAAAUUCGGCUGCUGGAGAAUCGGAAGCUGGGAGACUUCCAGGAUCUGAACACAAAGUACGUCAAGAGCAUCAUCCGUGUGGUUUUCCAUGACCGUCGGCUGCAGUACACAGAGCACCAGCAGCUGGAGGGCUGGCGGUGGAGCCGGCCUGGGGACCGGAUCCUGGACCUCGGUGAGCAUGUUGGGGUUCUUCCCGGACGCCACCUGGCCUGGGCGGGGCAUCUUAGGGCCCCUGUCUUGUGUGAAACCCUGUGGGAGCUGGCAGUCACCAGGCCUGCUGCCAGGACAGCCCCACGUCUCCCCUCCCAGGUGCACUGCAUCAGCACAGAGUUCACCCCGCGGAAGCACGGGGGCGAGAAGGGGGUGCCUUUCCGAGUACAGAUCGACACGUUUAAGCAGAACGAGAAUGGGGAGUACACCGAGCACUUGCACUCCGCCAGCUGCCAGAUCAAGGUGUUCAAGCCGAAGGGAGCAGACCGGAAACAAAAGACGGACCGGGAGAAGAUGGAGAAGAGAACCGCCCAGGAGAAGGAGAAGUACCAGCCGUCCUAUGAAACCACCAUUCUCACGGAGUGCUCCCCGUGGCCCGACGUGGCCUACCAGGUGAACAGCGCCCCGUCCCCCAGCUACAACGGCUCUCCAAACAGCUUCGGCCUUGGCGAAGGCAGCACCUCACCGACCCACUCCCACCCGCUGGAGACCCUGCCCAUGGGCAGCGAUCACCUGCUCCCGUCCGCCUCCAUCCAGGACGCCCAGCAGUGGCUGCACCGCCACAGGUUCUCGCAGUUCUGCCGGCUCUUUGCCAGCUUCUCAGGUGCUGACCUGCUGAAGAUGUCUCGAGACGAUCUGGUGCAGAUCUGUGGCCCCGCAGAUGGGAUCCGGCUCUUCAACGCCAUCAAAGGCAGGAACGUGAGGCCGAAGAUGACCAUUUAUGUCUGUCAGGAGGUGGAGCAGAGCCGGGCACCCCUGCAGCAGAAGCGGGACGGUGGUGGGGACAGCGGUCUAUGUGUGUACCAUGCCAUCUUCUUGGAAGAGCUGACCACUUUGGAGUUGAUUGAGAAGAUCGCCAACCUGUACAGCAUCUCCCCACAGCACAUCCACCGAGUCUACCGGCAGGGGCCCACGGGCAUCCACGUGGUGGUCAGCAACGAGAUGGUGCAGAAUUUCCAGGAUGAAUCCUGUUUUGUCCUCAGCACCUUAAAAGCGGAAAGCAGUGAUGGCUACCACAUCAUCCUGAAAUGUGGCCUCUGAGCAGCACAGAGCGGCAGCUGCCUCCACCUCCCAGCCCCGUGGACCCCCUUGGAUGUAGGAAUUCACCAUCGGAAGCUGCAGCCUUCCUGGCCAGCUGCGGCUAGAAGGGACCUUGCUGAUCUAAGAAAGCUGCACACCGGCAGCCAGCAGAAACCCGCGCAGACCUCUGCAUGCAGAUCCCCCCGGCUCCUCUCUCCCUUGCUCUUGGCCUCCAGCUUUUGAAUGGUUCCUUGGUCCUUUCCCCACACCUGCCUCUCUAAAGAGGCCGACAGCGGUGAGGGGGGCGUCUGGUCUGAAACGCCUUGCUCUCCUAGUUGGAGGCUAGUUCAUGGCUGUCUUGGUGCCAAUGUGUUGGUUCUUUCUGACCACUCCCCUGCCUCCAGGCAAAGCUCGGCCCCACCCUUCGCCUUCUUCUCUGGUAACUGGCUCCAUGGCCAGGACUGCUGACCAGAUGGGGGCGAUUUGCCACCAUCAUCUGUCUUCGUGUUCAUUUCGUUCUCGAUGGUCCUGGUGAGCACCUGUCUGUCCUGCUCUUGGGUGGAUUGAUGGGAGUGGGGUUCACUCCGUGCCUUCUUUCACUUUACCUUGUUCCUAAGGAUCUGCUACUACAAAACCCUGAGAUGGGGCACCUCUCUGUGCGUGUGGGACCUGCCACACAGAACAAGGCCCGGGAGGGUGGGGAGUGAGUAGAAAGGCUGUUUUUAAGCUCAUUCUCACGAGUGUAAAAGGGAUGAGAACAAAAUAACUCCUGUUGAGUUCCUGUGGUGUAAUGUUAUUUCUCAGCAGUCAUGGGUGAGGAGGACUAGGACAGUGGUCGGCAAACUGUGGCUCGGCAAACCGCGGCUUGUGAGCCACAUUCGGCUCUGGCCUCGUCAGUGUGGCUCUUCCACAAAAUACCGGCUCUUCCACAAAAUACUGACUUCUGCG